AUGCCUCCCACAGAGCCGAGCACAGAGGACGCCAUCUUGGCUGCUGUUGCUGCUGCUGGUGCUGCGUAUGUCACCAUCCUCGAUACUGACUCCCAGCCCAGUAGAGACCCCCUGGUGGCCAGUCUGGGCAUGCUGCCCGGGACCAAAGAGGGCUCCGACAGGGAGCUGCACCACCACACAGAGCACCUGGCCAAGAGACCCUGCACCACCAGCCCCAACCAGCGCUUCAGCCCCGGCACAGGGCUGCCCCCUCACCCGCCCCCCAACGGCCUCCCCACGCACCCCCCACCCAACGGGCUCCCUGGCCAGCCCCCCCCACCCAACCCCCCCGCGGGCCCCCAGCACUACCGUCUGGAGGACAUGGCCCUGGCCCAUCACUAUCGGGACGCCUAUCGCCACAAUGAGCACCGGGACACCCGGGAGCGACACCGGCAGACGGCUGUGCACGGGGCACGCCAGGAAGAAGUCAUCGACCACAGGCUCACGGACCGCGAGUGGGCUGAGGAAUGGAAGCACCUUGAUAACCUGUUGAACUGCAUCAUGGAUAUGGUGGAGAAGACGCGGCGGUCACUGACCGUCCUGCGGCGUUGCCAGGAGGCGGACCGUGAGGAGAUGAACCACUGGAUCCGUCGCUAUAGCGACGUGGAAGAGAUGAAAAAAGGUGGGAGCAACGGACAGCACCGGCCUCCUACCCUUCCUCACCCUCCUCUACCUCAUCCCAACUUGAACACAGCUAACAGCGGCGAUGCGCAAACCGCCAUAGAGAUCCACCGAGACUUCCUCCACAGACCUGUGUCGGGUUACCUGCCGGAGGAAAUCUGGAGGAAAUCUGGUACGACAAGCAUCCCACUCUCCCCGGCACUGAAACAUCUCCAGCACAAACAGGAGGAAGCAGUGAAUGAGGUGAAGCGGCAGGCGGUAUCUGAGCUCCAGAAGGCGGUAUCGGACGCAGAGAGAAAGGCCCACGAUAUGAUCACGGCGGAGCGGUCUAAGAUGGAGCGAGCCCUUGCAGAGGCAAAGAGACAAGCCUCCGAGGACGCUCUGACCGUCAUCAACCAGCAGGAGGACUCCAGUGAAAGCUGCUGGAACUGUGGGCGCAAGGCCAGCGAGACGUGUAGCGGCUGUAACACCGCGCGCUACUGCGGCUCCUUCUGCCAGCACAAGGACUGGGAGAAGCACCACCACGUGUGUGGCAAGGGCCUGCAGGGCCUCCCGGGAAGCAGCGCUGUGCCGCUGGGCACCCCCUCCUCCUCCGCCACCUCAGCCAACCCCGGAGCGCCCCCCUCCCACGGUGAGAGCGCCCCCCAGGGCACCCUCUCUCUGGUGGGUCAGGGCGCCUUGUCGUCCGUCUCCCUCAGCCCCAAAGAGAGCAGCUCCAGCGGCGCCUCGCGAUCCACGACCCCCGCGACCCCCGCACUGCUCGACGCCGCCUCACGCUGACACCGGGCUACGCG